GACAUAUUACUGUUUUCAGAUAAAUAAUAGUUUAAUAAACAAAGAAUGGAGAAAAAUAAACCGGCUGCGAACGCCGCCGUUGUCGGCCGCCAGAAACUUUUCAAAAAUGAAGGAAAGGAUCAAGAGGAGAUGAAGAAGAAGAGGAACGAUGUAACUGUAGAGAUCAGGAAGAACAAGAGAGAUGAAACACUACAGAAGAAGAGGAAUGUACCGAAUACCGAGGAUACUACAGAUGAUGAGGAGGGAAGGGAGAACCUAUCCAACUCCAGCUUGGAAACUAUUGUAGAGAAGGCCCAGUCCCCUGAUCCUGCUACUCAGCUUCAUGCUGUACAGGCUGCUAGAAAGUUGUUGUCAAGUGACCGAAAUCCUCCAAUUGAUGCCCUCAUCGCCUCUGGCAUCCUACCAGUUCUAGUCAACUGCCUCAAGUCAACCGACAACCCUAGCCUCCAGUUCGAGGCUGCCUGGGCGCUGACAAAUAUCGCAAGCGGAACGAGUCAGCAGACGCAUGCUGUGGUGGCAGCUGAGGCAGUGCCACUCUUUCUUCAGCUGCUCACCUCACAACAUCAGAAUGUUUGUGAACAGGCUGUUUGGGCCCUGGGAAACAUCAUUGGUGACGGUCCUCAGCUCCGUGAUUAUGUAAUCCAGCUUGGAGUUGUUCAACCUCUUCUAACCUUCAUCAACCCUGAGAUCCCGAUCUCCUUCUUGAGGAACGUGACCUGGGUGGUGGUAAACUUGUGCAGGAACAAGGAUCCUCCCCCUCCUAUCGAUACUAUCAAGGAGAUUCUUCCUGCUUUAUCCAUGCUGAUCCAUCACUCCGACAUCAACAUUCUCGUAGACACGGUCUGGGCGCUCUCCUACCUCACGGACGGUGGGAAUGAGCAGAUCCAGAUGGUGAUAGAUAGUGGAGUAGUCUCUAAACUAGUGCCUCUUCUCAGUCAUAGGGAGGUUAAAGUUCAGACGGCAGCUCUACGUGCUGUUGGAAACAUUGUGACCGGGACGGAUGAUCAGACCCAAACUGUUCUUAAUCACGGAGCUCUAGAUCAUUUCCCUGGUCUUCUUAAUCAUACAAAAGAGAAGAUUAAUAAGGAGGCCGUUUGGUUUCUGUCAAACAUAACAGCUGGAAACCAGGGACAGGUUCAAGCAGUUAUAGAUCAAGGACUAGUUCCUAUGGUUAUAUCACAUCUUGCCAGGGGAGAAUUCCAAACCCAGAAGGAGGCCGCCUGGGCAAUCUCAAACCUAACAAUCUCCGGGAAUAAAACCCAGGUUGCAUACCUGGUCCAACAGGGGGUUAUUCCUCCAUUCUGCAAUUUGUUGAGCUGCAAAGACACCCAGGUUAUCCAAGUUGUCCUGGACGGUCUGAACAACAUGCUCAAGAUGGCCGGCACAGAGGUCGAGGCGGUCGCGGCCAUCAUUGAGGAGUACGGAGGUCUGGACAAGAUAGAGGCUCUGCAGAACCACGAAAACGUCGAAAUUUACAAACUCGCGUACGAGAUAAUCGAGCAAUAUUUCAAUGACGAGGAGGAGGAAGAUGCAGGAUUAGCUCCGGCUGCAACGGAGGAAGGAUUCCAGUUUAACUCCGGUCCUGAAGGAGAUCAACCCGCAGGAGGAUUCAACUUCUGAACUGAGGAUGCACCUCGUACGACUGCAACUUCGAAACCUAAACUAUCUUCUGUAGAUGGAUACUGUUGUCUGUGAGAGCUAUGCUUUUCCUGCAACCGCUCCGCCUCUCAGCAGCUGGUUCGCCUAUUUAUCUGCCACGCCCUGGCAAUGCACCCCUUCUCCGCCCUCGACACUCAAUACUGGAGGCAGAAUUUAAGCGCAAGCGUCUCUCAAUUACUGUGUCAGCCUGUGUGUUUGUAGUUUCCCCUCCACCCAAGACGAAGAACUAGAAAAUCCUCCAAAUUUACUCCACUCCGCCAUGUUUAAAACCAGAUAUACCUCCGCCCAACCUACUCUCUCCUCCUUCCCGGGAACUACUGUAUGUGUGCCAACUGUGUAAAGAUGAGGAAGGAACAGUACUCCCCCUUCCCUAGUCAAUCUUAUUCUGAGCUCAACAUGUGAACUGUGUUAUAUAUUAUGUGAGCUAGUACCGAGCAACUGAAUGAAACUGUGAGCUAUCUCGGCACUACUAUGUGUGAAAUUCAUACUUGAAGAAUUCUGCUAAACUCAAUCUAUGAUAUCUCCCUCUGGGACCCUUUGUUCCCUGUAUAUACUAGAUUGUACAACUGCAACGCAUGGUUUUGAGGAUCCCAACCCUCGAAACCAUUUAAACACACACCUCAGUACAUGGAUGGUUUAAUACAGCAGCUCCUGCUUGUAGUUAGACAAUAUGUACUUCUAGAUCUUUCUAUUCUCCUUACAUCUCAUAAAUGUUAAAAUUAACUGCUUUCACAAAGAUCAAUUUUGAUCUUUUCAUUGGUUUGAAGAGAUAAAAGUGUGAAAGAAAAUAACACUUUUGAUAAAUAAACUCCCUUUUCACGAUGGCAUCCAUCGAUCAAUGUUCUUCAAGCGAUAACAUUUCUACAACACUCCCCUGAAUUGCAAGCCCCUGCGCGAUCUUUUGUAAUGUAAUUUAUCGAUUAUGUAAUGAUCAGUUAUCGGGAGAUAAUUUCAAAUGUAUCUAAGUAAGAAAUUAUGUAUUUGUCUUUUGAUCGUUGGAUUGGAGUAAUCCCCUGUGAAUUGUCCAAACGAUCAUUUGACCCGUAAACUUGAUUUCUACAUAGGAAAUGAUCAGCUGCGCGAUCAUUGCUUGAUCAAUGAUCAUGCUGAAACGAUAUUAAACGUAAACUUUGUUCAGGAAUCCCUCGCGUACUGCAACCUUUUCCUUCAAAUCUUCAUUAAAUCAUUCCAGUACAUAUUUCUAUUCUUUCUUCUGUACUAGACAGUUGUUGACAGUGUACUUGACCUGUACAGUGUACAUAAUUUGACAAUGUACAAUGUGCUUGACGUACUCUUUGUACGUUCAGUUAUGUAAAGUGUACAGGUCACAGGACUAAUAUUGUACUGUAUAUACUGAUGUAGUACCGUACAGUUUUAUAUAACGAAUACUCUAAAUUGCACAUUCAAAGUGUACUAUGUACACUGCAAAUAAAGUUGACAGUGUACAUUAGGUUUACAGUGUUAUAAAAAUUUUCGAUGUAAACACUUUGUACUCAAUGUGUAUGUAUAAUGUAUAUUCUGUCAAUUGUACUGUACACAGAGGAUCUAAGGAUUAGAACUAUGUGAAUGAUCGUUUCCUCCCUAAGUGCGUUGCACGCUAUAUUGAGCUGUGAUAGUAGUACGCUAGGGAGUCCUUACACGCGGGUGUGUCACUACAGUACAUAGCUAUCUAAAUCAUGUAUAACAUGUGCAUUAAUCAUGUACGUACAGUGCUUAAGUAUGUUUGGACACCCUUAAUUCAGGUUGUCUUAAUAGUACUCAAAAACUUCUUAAACAAACCAAUUUUGGCAUUAAAUUAUAUAUUGUUAAGGCAUCCUGUUGUAGGUAAUUUUUUGUUAAAAAUAAAAUACAAAAUCUC